CCUAAUCCCUAAAUUUUGAUCAAACUUCGGAUAGCAACACCCAAAAUAAGGAAUCAAUCAAAUUCAGGAGAGAAAGAAGUACAUAGAGAACCUAGUUUAUUAGUAAAAGGAAAAGGAGUGAAGAAACAUUUAAGCUCCACCAUUACGCCGUGCGAAUCCGCUGAACUUUAAUCUUCUUCCCCGCCACACAGCAAGCAUCUGUUGUUCUUUCUCUUGUCUGGAAGAUCCCUCAAAUAUGGACAUGAUAGAAGAAGAUGAUGAUUAUGUUGAGUAUGUUCCGGUGGCCAAACGCCGUGCACUUGAAGCGCAGAAGAUUCUCCAGCGCAAGGGAAAGUCUUCCGCACUUGAUGAAGAGAUUGAAAAGCAGAAACUUGUUGAGGCUAAACCAAGUUUAUUAGUUAAAGCUUCUCAGCUGAAGAAAGAGCAGCCUGAAAUCACCCAAACCGAGCAAAUAAUAAUGCAGGAAAAGGAGAUGAUUGAACAUCUAUCAGACAGGAAAACUUUGAUGUCAGUUCGGGAGCUGGCCAAGGGCAUAACUUAUACGGAGCCUUUGUUGACAGGGUGGAAGCCGCCGCUGUCCAUUAGAAGGAUGUCAAAGAAGGCUUGUGAUGCCAUCAGGAAGCAGUGGCACAUUAUUGUGGAUGGAGAAGAUAUUCCCCCGCCAAUCAAGAAUUUUAAGGACAUGAGAUUUCCAGAACCCAUUUUGAAGAAGUUAAAAGCUAAGGGGAUUGUGCAGCCCACACCUAUCCAAGUGCAGGGACUGCCGGUAAUUCUGUCAGGAAGAGAUAUGAUUGGGAUUGCUUUCACGGGAUCUGGAAAGACCUUAGUUUUUGUGCUGCCACUCAUUAUGAUAGCAUUGCAGGAGGAGGUGAUGAUGCCAAUUGCUCCUGGGGAAGGACCAUUUGGGUUGAUUGUUUGCCCUUCAAGGGAGCUUGCAAGGCAAACAUAUGAAGUUGUAGAACAAUUUCUGGAACCAAUGAGAGAGGCAGGUUAUCCAGAAUUGCGACCUUUGCUUUGCAUCGGAGGGGUUGAUAUGAAGUCACAACUUGAUGUAGUAAAACGAGGAGUCCACAUUGUGGUUGCUACGCCAGGGAGGCUCAAGGAUAUGCUAGCAAAGAAGAAAAUGAACCUUGACAACUGCCGGUAUCUAACAUUGGAUGAGGCAGAUCGUUUGGUGGACCUGGGCUUUGAAGAUGACAUUAGAGAAGUGUUUGAUCACUUCAAAGCCCAAAGGCAGACCCUUCUAUUUUCUGCCACCAUGCCCACAAAAAUUCAGAAUUUUGCUAGAAGUGCACUGGUAAAGCCUGUAACCGUCAAUGUGGGCAGAGCUGGAGCUGCAAAUCUUGAUGUGAUUCAAGAAGUUGAAUAUGUAAAACAGGAGGCAAAGAUUGUUUAUCUUCUUGAGUGCUUGCAGAAGACACCACCCCCGGUUUUAAUAUUCUGUGAGAACAAAGCAGAUGUGGAUGAUAUUCAUGAGUAUCUUCUCUUAAAGGGAGUUGAAGCUGUUGCAAUACAUGGAGGGAAAGAUCAAGAAGAGAGAGAAUAUGCAAUUGCGUCCUUCAAGGCUGGCAAGAAGGACGUUUUAGUGGCUACUGAUGUGGCAUCCAAAGGUCUUGAUUUUCCAGAUAUCCAACAUGUCAUCAACUAUGAUAUGCCAGCUGAAAUAGAAAACUAUGUCCAUAGGAUUGGAAGAACUGGGCGAUGUGGGAAAACAGGAAUUGCCACGACAUUUAUUAACAAGAACCAGAGUGAGACAACUCUGCUUGAUUUGAAGCACCUGUUGCAAGAGGCAAAACAGAGGAUACCACCUGUUCUGGCUGAGCUCAACGAUCCAAUGGAAGAUGCCGAGGCAAUAGCUAAUGCAAGUGGAGUCAAAGGGUGUGCCUAUUGUGGUGGUCUUGGUCAUCGUAUUCGUGAUUGCCCCAAGUUGGAGCAUCAAAAGAGCAUGCAGAUCGCCAGUUCAAGGAGGGAUUACUUCGGUUCUGGGGGCUACCGUGGGGAAAUGUGAUUCACACUCUUCUGUAUGUUUUAUAUUUUGUAUUACUCUUUAGAACGUUCAUAGUGACAAACAAUUUCACAUAUCAUUUUGAUGUUUAAAGUUGGAAUGUUAUUUUGAAUGAAAGAGUUUUAACCCCAA